GCUUGCUUCAACGCCACCGACGCGCGUGAAACUCGUGCUAGUAGACCACUCAUUAAACUACCCCAACCUCAAUAUGCACAUUUCUUGUAUAACUUUACACAAAGACACCGUCUUUCCCGCUAGUUUGUCUGCCUUACCUUAACUUGUCCCGGGCAGUCAUUCUCAUCUUCAGCAUGCCAAACAGCGGCAGAAGGCAGAGUGAGGAGGCGGCUGCGUUCUUCGCUGCGGCGUAUGCCGCUAUCCAGGAGAUUCCCUACGGCAAGGUCACCUCGUACGCCCAUAUUGCACGCUUGAUUGGACGUCCUGAAUGCCCGAGACAAGUAGGUGUUUGUCUCAAACAUCUCCCGGAUGAUCCAACUCAGCGCUUCAAUAACAAGACGGUCCCGUGGCAAAGGGUCAUAAACGCAAAAGGAGGAAUCAGUCCACGAGGUCCAGGGAGUACGGCCAGACAGGCUGCGGCAUUGAGAAAAGAGGGUGUACAGGUUGAUCGUAAUGCAAUGGGCGAAUUCAGCGUGGACUUCAGUACAUAUGGAUGGUUUCCGGACAUGCUGCCUAGUGAGGAAGAAGAGCUUGAGGAUUCCGAUGAAGCUUCCGUGAAGGGUGAGUCUGCAGGAUGAAGGAUUUGAGAACUGUGAUUAUUGGGUUCCUAUAGCCCAAGCUCAAUGCCUGCCACCAAGACCUAUUUGAGUCAUGAAAGCGGGUUGUUUUCAUGUUGAAAAGUCGACCAGCGAACGGAGACUUAUUGCCGCUGUACCAUUUCAGGCUCUGCAAGUUAAUAUCGAAGGUUGUUCUCAAGGUCAGGAUCGCGUGUCGCAACAGAAAGAGCUCGCGUUGGACAUAUCAACCGUUUAUGCCUCUUUACUUCAAGUAGGUGUCUGCUAAUCUCAGCCUGCAUUUGUCCAAUGAAUUGUACAAUGAAAUAGACGUCUUGUCCUUC